UCCCAUUCCAACCACGAAAUCCAAAUCCAUCAAAGAAAAAGAAGAUGGUGAUGGCUUCAUCUCUCUUCUCUUCUUCUUUGAUAGAUGGAGCAGCACUUUCAUCAAAUUCAUCGAGAAAUCUCCAUUUUAACCUCAACACCACUAAAUCGAAGAAGAAGAAGUUGGCCUACUACUCAAGUUGCAGAUCUUCAUGGCAAGAGAUUGCUGGAGUUGUAAUCUUUUCUGCAAUUCCUUUCACUGCUGUGAAAGCCAUUGCUAACAGUUCAAUCGGGCAAACACUUCAGAGACGAAUGCUUAUCACUAAAAAUGCAUCACUUCAGAAUUCUUCUUAUUUUAAAGAUUUAGCCGACAAAGCAAGACAAGCCAGUUAUCUGAUGAACAGUUUUUGGUAUGGAGAAGAUCGGCCUCGGUGGCUUGGCCCAAUCCCGUUUGACUAUCCUUCUUAUCUUUCUGGAGAACUACCUGGUGAUUAUGGAUUUGACAUUGCUAGUCUAAGCAAAGACCCCGUUGCUUUCCAGAAAUAUUUCAACUUUGAAAUAUUGCACGCUCGUUGGGCUAUGCUAGGUGCCCUUGGUGCUCUGAUUCCAGAGCUUUUGGACCUCUCCGGUGUCAUUCACUUUGUUGAACCCAUCUGGUGGAAAGUCGGCUAUGCCAAGCUUCAGGGGGAUACUCUCGACUACCUAGGCAUCCCUGGACUACAUAUUGCAGGAAGCCAAGGAGUACUUGUCAUAGCUAUUUGUCAAGCACUUCUAAUGGUAGGGCCAGAGUAUGCAAGAUAUUGUGGGAUAGAGGCAUUGGAGCCUCUGGGUAUUUACUUGCCCGGUGACUUAAAUUAUCCAGGGGGUGGGCUUUUUGAUCCCCUGGGAUUGUCCAAGGACCCAGUUGAUUUUGAGGAGUUGAAGGUGAAAGAGAUUAAGAAUGGGAGGCUGGCGAUGGUUGCAUGGUUGGGCUUCUAUGUCCAAGCAGCUUUGACAGGAAAAGGCCCUAUACAAAACCUUCUUGAACACAUCUCAGAUCCAUUGCACAUUAACAUACUAUCAUCAUCAUUUCUCAAUUCUUAGAAAUUUAGUUUUCUACUCAUAAUAAUUCAAAAUGUAUUUAUGUAUAGUUAUACAACUCCAGCAUCAUUCAUUAUACAAAUGCUGUGAGUUACACGGUAUCUGGUAGAUCAUCUUCAGAUCUGAUGUUAUAUGUGAUGGUGUGUUUUGAUGCGUGUCAUGAGUCCAUAUUUUUGAAAGGUGUAUAUUUGAAUCAUUUCACGUGGAUGGGGGCUUCGGGAUUCUGCAGGUCAUCUAUGUUUAUUACAGCAUGCUUAAAUAUUUUUUUUUAUUGUUUUUAUUUUGGUUUCAAUAGGCACAGGACUGUUUUGUUUUUGUCUAUGCAUAGGAACAAGCAUACUAUUUAUACAGAAUAUAUACACACACAUUGUAUUCUUGUGGUUUUCA